CUCGAAACCCAAUAACCAUACCUUACAAUCCUCUUAUAACCCAAAAUGAAGCUUUUCAUCGCAUUACUGGUCCUGGCUGUAGUGGCUGCUGAAGCAGGUUACGCACCGGCUGCUGUCCCCGUCAGCACCUCAGUCUGGCCUCCGUAUGGAGUAUAUGGAAAGGGUUCCCUGGCUGCGUGGCCUUACGCCUACAAUGGAUGGAACAACAAUGGCUGGACUAAUGGCUGGACCAAUAGCUGGAACAACGGAUGGAACAGCUGGAGCGCUGGUGCUCAUGGUGUGUACGGUUACCCCAAUGCUGGUGCGUGGUCUAACGCGUAUCUUGGUCACAACACCGUAGUGCAGGCCAACCUGGGAAAGGCGCUCCCAUAUGGGCUGCCAUGGGGAACAUACGGUGCAGAAGUUAAUGGCUGGACUGGCCUGCACGGUGGAUAUUUGGCUAGUACUGUUCCAGUGUCUAAACAGGUAGCUGCCACUCCUGGAUCAGUUUAUGUUGCAGCCGUUCCCGUCGGAGGUGGAAAAGUAGUGGUUGCUUGAGCACGAGAUGUAAUGAUUUAACCUGGGUUUAACUUUGGCUAUGCUUUGAAUGCAAAAUAAAUGACGAUUUGCAGUUGAAAUGUUAAACAUAAAAUAUGUGUUAAUUUUUUUCCAUGUUCUGUAUAUUUGUAUAUUUGGUGAUAUUUCA